CGUCUGUUGAUAUUGACGAAGUAACAAAAUUCCCAGAAAGGAAGAAAUUUUCCGGAGAACUUGAAAGAUUUGUCUUCCAUGGCAAAGAAGCUCUAAAUUGUAAAAUCUAGAGAGAGAGAGAGAGAGAGAGAGAGAGAGAGAGAGAGAGAGAGAGAGAUAUUCUGAAGGAUUGAAACAUGUCGAGAUCUCUGGUGAAACGCGUUGUUCCAUAUCUAUCUGCUCGUAUUAGAGAAAAUCAUCGGAUGCUUAAUUUUUCUUCCGCUUCUGCUCUCAAAGAAGCUUCUUCUCCUCCUUCUUCGUCCUCCCAAUCUGAAUCAUCUUCUCUCGAAGCUGUCCAUCUUAGCGAGAAUUGUAUCCGGAGAAUGAAAGAGUUACAAUCCGGUGAACCGGAGAAGAAAUUGCUUCGCUUGGGUGUAGAAACUGGAGGUUGUUCUGGUUUCCAGUAUGUAUUUGAGCUUGAUAAUAGAACCAAUCCUGAUGACAGGGUUUUCGAGAGGAAUGGUGUGAAAUUGGUUGUAGAUAAUGUGUCGUAUGACUUUGUGAAAGGUGCUACGGUUGAUUACGUAGAGGAAUUGAUCCGUUCUGCUUUCGUGGUAGCUGAAAACCCAGCCGCAGUGGGUGGAUGCAGUUGUAAAAGCUCCUUCAUGGUGAAACAGUGAAUCCGUUGAAUCAUUCUUCUUUUACAUGAGUAGCAACCAAAUUUGAUCUUUUGUUAUUACGUGUAUACUGUCACUAUGUAUCAAAAGGCAUAACUAGGGAAAGAUACAAAAACUCUGUAGGCUUUGAG